AUGGGUAAAUAUCACGCAGAUAGUCUGAACAGCAUCGAGGGGUGUCGCAUUGUCGCAGUGGUAGACCCGAUGGAAGAGGCAGCAUCAACAUUGGCUGCCGCAUGUGGCGCAUCCUUUUACAAUGCGUUGGCCAGCGCCUUGCAAGCUAACCCUGAUGCAGACGCCGUGGUCAUUGCGACGCCGGCUGGCCUUCACAAGAGCAACAUACUUGAGGCUGCAGCUUCCAAGAAACACAUAUUUGUGGAGAAACCUUUUACUUUGACUGUUGAAGAGGGCAUUGAGUGUGCAAGUGCAAUCAAGGCAGCAGGCGUCCUUUGUCAGGUUGGUUUCAUGAGGCGCUUCGAUAAAGCCUGGGAAGGUGUCAAGUCUCACGCCGGAAAAGUUGGCAAGAUGCAAAUGGUUCGUGUGAGAUCUUUCGACGGCUGCAAGUCUUCAGAUAGUUACUACAAAACUUCUGGCGGUAUAUUUCUCGACAUGAGCUGCCAUGAUCUGGACCUGAUUUGUUUCCUUGCUAACAGCCGGCCCACGCAUGUGAAUGUGAUGGGCUCCGUGACCGUGAACCCUGUUUUCGAAUCAUUCGGGGACAUUGACACCGCAGUCACUUGUAUAAAGUUUGCAAAUGGAGCAGUAGGCUGGAUUGAGAACCUCCGCUUCGCCGUGUAUGGUUGUGACUCUCAGGUGGAAAUCAUCGGUUCAGAAGGAAGUGUGAAGGCCGGCCCGAUGAGCCGCACAGAAGUGCAGUGUUCAUCAGCUGAUGGAGUCAAUCACGGUCUGCUCGCUGUUCACUACGACCGCUACCUGGCAACUUUCUUCGUUGAGAUGGAUAGUUUCAUAAAGUCGUGUAGGACUGGAGAGCUUGAUCCUAGGGCUUGCAAUUCCGAUGACGGGCUUCUCAAUAUAAAGCUUGCGCUUGCUUGCAUGCAGGCAAGGAGCGAAGGCAGGACAGUAGAGAUCGCGAGUUAG